AUGUUUGAAUCCGCUGCCACUACGGGCGCGUCCAUCUUCGUCCUCGGGCUAGUCGGCUAUAGCUACACCAUCUACUACAAGCAUAGGGUUUUGGAGAAGAUCGAGAAUGCUUUUCGCCCUGGAGAUCCUGUGUUGGAGCUUGCCGCUAAGGGCAAGGAAGUUCCUGCAAAAGACCUUCCCAGUGGAGCUGUUGACCUCGACCAGCCACAAUACGAUCGCUGGAUCACACGUGAAGAACAGGCAAAAAUCGACAAUAUCGUAAGCGGGAAGGACCGGGGCCGCUAUCAUUUGCUUAUCGGCGAGAAGGGGACGGGCAAGAGUUCCAUGCUCAUUGAUGCAAUGUCCAAAAUCGAUGGCGAAGGCGUGGCAAUGUGCGAGGCUCAUGCCGAUCCGGAAAUCUUCCGCAUCCGGCUUGGUCGUUGUCUAGACUUUGAGUUUCAUGAGGACAAUAUUGGGGCACUCUUCUCCAUUCGUGGCCCACGUGAGGCGUCCGCGCUCCUGGACAUUGAGAGGGCAUUCAACAAGCUCGAGAAGGUCGCUUUGAAGCGCCGCGAAAAGGUUGGGCGACCGCUGAUUCUUAUCAUCAAUCAGGCCCACCUAAUCCGGGACGACGAGGAUGGUCGCGACCUCAUUGAGCUGAUUCAGCAGCGAGCGGAGCAAUGGGCCGCUUCCAACGUGGCUACCGUGAUUAUGAAUUCGGACAAGUACUGGGUCUAUGAGCGCCUCAAGCGGCAUGCCACACGCAUGGAGGUUACGCAGGUCGGCGAUUUACCGAAAGACCGCGCUAUUCAAGCGCUCCGCAACUACCGCAUGAAGUACUUCAAAGAGGAGACGCCGCUUUCAACAUUGGAGGAGGUUUAUGACAAAAUUGGCGGCCGUCUGACCUUUUUGAACAGGGUGGCCAAGUCGCGGAACAUGAUCAAGAUGUGCGACCACAUCUGCGAGAUGGAGAAGACCUGGUUCUUGAACAAUUGCGGGAUUCUCGGCGCCGAGAUGGACGACGAUGUCAUGGAUCAGCAAAAAUAUGCGUCCACUGCCAUGGUUCUCGCCCACGCACUCUAUAAGAAAUCCCUUGAGAUGGAGAAGACCUAUGACCCAGAACUUGGACAUAUCCUCCCCGAGUUCCCCCUCCAUGUUGCUCGCUCCAUCAUGACGCGAGCCGAUUUCAUCCGGCAACACCACGACCUCUCCAUCUUCGCGAUCGAUUCCCAUGCCAAUGUUCGUGCCGACAGCGUUCCCAUGCAGCGCGCCUUCAAUGAGAUUUGCUCCGAGGAAGGAUUCGAAGAGAGGCUCGAAGCGACGCUUGAACGCAUUGGGGACAUUGAAUCUUUGGGCCGUACGAAGGAAUUGACGUUCAAGGACCUCUGGGAGGGAGGCAAGUACCGCUUUACGGUCAGAGAUCGCAAGGGCGGCGUGCAGAGUGAGAUGGAAAUGGUUACUGUGGAGGGUAAGAAGGACGAUGAUGAGAAGAGUGAUGACUAG